AUGAAUAGGAAUUUAUUUAUAAAAAGCUUUACUUUUUCUAGAUCACUAAAGAAUUUUUAUGUUUUAAGUUUAUUAAAUUAUUUAAAAUUGAAAAUUUAUAAUAAGAUAUAUGUUCCUACAUUAGGUGUAACCUUAAAGAGAAGAAGAAGUAGUUACAUAUUAAACAUGAGAAAAAUGGAAAUUACUUAUUUAUCGCAAGAUUUAUCUCAAAAAAUAGAUAACGAAUUAAUGAGCGAUGAAAUUGGAUAUACCACUGAGCAGCUAAUGGAAUUAGCUGGUUUAUCCAUAUCUCAAAUAAUUUUUAAGGAAUACAAACCAAAAGAAUUUAAAAAAAUAUUAAUUUGUUGUGGUCCUGGAAAUAAUGGUGGGGACGGUUUAGUUGCAGCUCGUCAUUUGAAACAGUUUGGAUAUGACGUCAUGAUAUUAUAUCCGAAAGUUAAUGAUAAAACAUUAUUUAAAAGACUAUUAAAACUACUGGAGCAUUAUGAAAUCAGCGUCCUCAGGAGUAUAACACCAAGUGAUUUGGAUAAUUAUGAUUUAAUAAUAGAUUCUAUAUUUGGAUUUAGUUUUAAGGGAGAACCCCGAAAACCGUUUGACGAAAUAAUACAAAUGAUUAAUAAUAGCAACAAAGUAAUUGUCUCAGUAGAUGUCCCAUCUGGAAUAAAUAUCGAUUCAGGUCUUUCAACAAAUAGCCUUUUUAUAAACUCAGAUAUGAAUAUUUCUUUAAUGCUUCCAAAGCAAGGAUUGAUAAAUUAUAAAAAGAAACAUUAUCUCGGAGGACGAUUUAUACCUUUAUCCAUUAUUAAAAAAUAUAAUUUAAAGGUCCCUAGUUUUUCAGAUGAUAACCCAUAUGUCAUUUUAUAA